GACAAACCGGUAAUGAGGUUAAGUUAGCUGGGAGUAUGGGACCGCCGGGAUGGGCAUGUGUACAAACCCAAGGGGCAAGUCUCGUCCAUUGACCAACACUACGGUACCGGUGCCUCAACGCUCUUUUACUUUAUAUACUAUCCUAACUGCCUUACUGACUUUCGUCUUUUUACAAACAGUUCACUGUAUUCAGGAUGCAGUGCACAUCACAGCAAUACUCGGUGAGUCGGUGGUUUUCAAUUGCCACGUGGAGUUCCCUGAGGGACACCCCGUGCCAUACGUGUUGCAAUGGGAGAAGAAGGGACAAGACAUACCUAUCUAUAUUUGGUAUGAAAGUUACCCCACCCACAGCGGUGAAGGGUACGAAGGAAGGGUGUCCAGGGUAUCCCCGGACUCGCCUUACGGAGCUGCUUCCCUCAACCUCACCAACAUCAAAGAAUCGGACCAAGGAUGGUAUGAAUGCAAGGUCGUGUUUCUCAACCGUCCUCCCAACCAGCCGAAGAAUGGUACCUGGUUCCAUCUGGAUGUGCAUGCACCUCCCAGGUUCUUAGUGACUCCCGAAGAUAUUAUCUACGUCAAUCUUGGGGACGCCAUUAUACUAAAUUGCCAAGCAGAAGGAACCCCAACACCUGAAAUACUCUGGUACAAAGACGCCAAUCCUGUCGAAGCUUCUUCCACCAUAGGUAUAUUCAACGAUGGAACGGAAUUGAGAAUAUCAAACAUCCGACAUGAAGAUAUAGGAGAUUAUACCUGCAUAGCGAGAAAUGGAGAGGGUCAAAUAUCUCAUACAGCCAGAGUUAUUAUCGCUGGCGGAGCCGUAAUAAUGGUUCCCCCGACCAAUCAGACGAAACUCGAGGGCGAAAAAGUGCAAUUCAACUGCGAGGCGAAAGCUCAGCCCGGCAACGUGACCGUAAAAUGGUUCAGAGAGGGCGCGCCGGUCAAAGAAUUGGCUUCUUUAGAAACGAGGGUCACUAUCAAGAGGGACGGUUCAUUAGUCAUAAAUCCGGUCAGCUCCGAAGACUCCGGUCAAUACCUUUGCGAGGUGAGCAACGGAAUCGGGGAGCCGCAGUCCGCAUCGGCCUAUUUAAACGUCGAAUAUCCAGCGAAAGUAACUUUCACGCCUACGAUUCAGUAUCUACCGUUUCGAUUAGCUGGCGUUGUGCAAUGUUACAUCAAAGCAAAUCCACCUCUACAGUACGUUACUUGGACGAAAGACAAACGGCUAUUAGAACCUUAUCAGACCAAAGACAUAGUCAUCAUGAACAACGGUUCUCUGUUAUUCACCAGAGUGAACGAAAAUCACCAGGGUCGGUACACGUGCACUCCAUACAACGCUCAAGGCACGCAAGGAAGCUCCGGUCAGAUGGAGGUUCUGGUAAGGAAACCACCCACUUUCAUCAUCGAACCGGAGACCAUGUAUCAAAGAAAAGUCGGCGAAUCCGUUGACAUGCCGUGCGAAGCCGUCGAAGCCGAAGGUACACAAAAACCAACAAUCCAAUGGCAAAGAAGAGACGGCACUCCUCUGCCGAAGAACCGCGUGAAACUCAUCGGAGGAAACCUAACGCUGGAAUCGAUCCGUCGAUUGGAUUUCGGUUUCUACCAAUGCGUCGCCACCAACGAAGUGGCCACGAUCAUCGUGGGCACGCAGCUAGUGGUCGAAGGUACGCAACCGCACGCUCCUUACAACCUGACCGGCACGUCCGCCGAGUUCUCCGCCACGCUGAGCUGGCUGCCCGGCUACAGCGGCGGCCCCGACUACAAGCAGGACUACACCAUUUGGUACAGGGAGGCGGGACAGACGGAGUGGUCGACCAUACCCGUCACGCCGUCCGGUAGUACUCAGGUCACCAUCAAUCGGCUGGCGCCGGGCACUUCGUACGAGUUCCAAGUGAUCGGUAAAAAUGCUUUGGGCGAUGGGAUGAUGAGCAAGAUUAUCAAUCUGAGGACUGUUGAAGUGGGACAACAAAAGCCUAUAAAAAUUACCCCUACACCCUUUAUGACUCCAAACGAUGAUGCGGGACCAAAACCAGGCAUACCCCGAAACCUGACAGUGAACGAGAUCAGCAACGGUUUCCUCAUCACAUGGCAACAACCGAUCGAGAGGGCGGAACUGAUUCAACACUAUGUGAUUAAAUAUAGAACUGACGGACCUUGGAAAACCUUGAACAAAGCUCAAAUAAGGCCCGAAGAUACUCAUUACUUAGUUAAGAACCUAGUAGGAGGCCGCACCUACUACUUCCAAAUCCUAGCGUAUUCUGGAAAGAGUUUCGAAGCCAGCGAGGAGGUGAAAUUUUCUGUGCCAGCUCGCGUGAAGCACAAAGCUCUCACUGCCGGCGUCGUCGGUGGUAUCCUCUUCUUCAUUGUCGCCAUCACCCUAUCCGUUUGCGCAGUGAAAAUAUGCAAUAAACGAAAGCGGCGGAAACAAGAAAAAGCUUACAAUAUGGUAGCCUGUCGAAUAACUGAUACCAGAAACGGAGCGAAUGCAACGGAGAGUCAAGUGCCUUUGAAAAAACUUAGAAAAGGCCGAAUACCAGGUAUGAGAAUGCUCGCCUUCGUCGCAAAUUGGAUAUGGCCGAGAGACCGUUGCCGUUCCGGCAGCCUUUCCAGCCUCACCUGGCAUCCAGACUACCUCCAUCCGGGUUCCCCUUCCAAAUCCUUGGCUCGCAUAUCGAGGGCCGCGGACGGUCGCUUCGUCCUGGUCGAUUCCGUUCUGAGCCUUCGGGCCGACACCCCGUCGAACGCCUCGAGCAGCGACGACGGCGGAUUCCUGCCGAGAAGAGGUUUCAAGAACAGAGCGUCGUGGAGGAGGCCGCUCGUCGGUUGCCCCAGCGAAUUGAGCCUCCGAUCGGACAUUUCCGGACAGUCUAUUUCCGGUCUACCCGCGUUCGUCAUUAGCCAAGGCUACCAGCAACAACCCCUGAAGCACGCCCAAGCGAUUUACACUCCGCAAGUCAUGUCCAGCAGCCCUGCGACUUCCAGCGGCCUUCUGUUAUCGCCCUGGACUCCGAUGUAUUUCAGUGAUCUGAGUUCCGUCAGGUAUCCGAGUUCCGGCGAAAGGUCUUAUCCCACACCGCCGGGAUUCAUGCAACUCAAGUCGGUCCACGAGAGGUAUUCCCAAGAACUUCCUCCGUUGAGGGCCAUACACGAAGAAAGCCAAGGGUUUAUUCCGGUGCAUCCGAUCAGAGAAAGCCCCAGGGCGAUUCCGCAGUAUCGGCUGGUCAGAGGGUCUCGUUUUCUGCCGCCUCGACACGCGAGGAUCGCCAGAAGCGCGCCCGAAUUGGACCACUUGGAUAGAUCGCCCGAAAGCAGGUCGAGCUCCAGCGGCUUCGGAAGCAAAAACACUUCCCAACAGAACCAAAGCCUGCACAGCGGCAGCACUUUCAUAGGGUGGGGGUUGCCGCCGUACCGGCCGCCUCCGCCGGUGCCGUCGUCUAUGCUGCCGCCUCCGCCGCCGUCCCUUGUCGGGCAUUGGCUGGACAUCGCCAGUUCCUCACCCUCUGCCUCCGAUCACCUUCACAAGGCUGUCGAUGUGGGUAGCGUCGACGGGCACUACGAAUUCGAUCCUAGUACCCCCACGCCCACACCAUCGACGCCUACUGGAUCUAGAGACGUAGAUUUAGAUACUUCCGGUCCUGGUCCACCUCAAAGGAAGACCUACAACGUCAUAAGAAGCAGAUACGACAAUAUUGAUGCGAGAGUACAAGCUAUGAAGUUGGAGUUCAACGAAUUUCGAAAGAGGCAAGCCAGCAGGAAGCGCAGCCAGGAAUUGGAAAGUGCCUGUUGAUAAUACUGUUUUUUUAUAUUAAUUUUCGCGAGUGCGUGAUUUCGAAGUUGUUUUAUGAUUACGAGACGGUUGGACAACGUGGUAGCUUAUUAAGAAAACAGAUCGAAUUUUUCUUUAAUACAUUACCAAUCAAUCGAUUUUUUUAAAACAUUUACUGGUAUUAUCUUUAUCCAGAGUGAAUUAUAGUCGGUAAUUAAUGUUUUGUUUUACUAUACAAUUUUUUAUGUAUGUUUGUUUUUUUAAUAAGCUCAAAAUCGUCGGUUUAGUAUCUCAAAAAAACAGUUUUUUGUCGAUUUGAGUGUGAUAUCAUAACCACUAAAAGUAAAACGAAAAAUGUUCUAAAUCUAAUAAUUGAAACCCAGAACCAAGUCAAGACAUUUUUAUGAUCAAAUUAUUAUUAGUUACACUUAAGGUACAGUAAAAUUAUAAAAAAAAUACUUGUAAUAGGUUAUUUCAGAUUUAGGAAUUAAGUAUGAGGCUCAAUACUUGGAUUACGACUGGAAGCUGUGUAAAUCCGUUUUAUUACCUAUUAAGGUUCUAGCAGAACGAUUUUGUCUACUUUAUUGAUAAGAAGCAUCUUCUACUCAAACCUAUUAAAGCUAUCAACAGAUUCGUUUAAUUCAAGCAAGUUUAUAUCAUCAAAUUUUAAUUUUGCUUUGUCUGUUGUAACAGUCGAACUAAAACCACGCAUAAUCUUAACUCUUCAUUGAAUAUUAAUAAAACUUGCUCGUAGAUGUAAACCUUGUCUCAACUUAUUCUUCAAAAUUUCUUUCAUCUUCAACAAAAAAAAAACGAAAUGCAUUGCAUAUUAUGUAACGACAAACUAGAUGGAUCAAAAUAACUUAAAAUAAAAUACGACGUGUGAAUGUGCCUAGUACUAAGUAUGAUUGGUAUUUUCGAAUUAUCCUGAUAGAUAAUAAUUAUAUAAUUAAAACGAGCAUUUCAACAAUGCGCCGGUAUUUCCAAAAUUUUCUUCCAGUACAAAUCCACAGAUUUCACACAAUACACGCUUGAUCGUGUUCGAAAAGGUGAUAAGUUCGACGAUAAAAGUAGAGAGACUUUUCUGUUAACGUUUAAAGAUUUUUUUCAACGUAAAUUCGUCAAUACAGUCGUCAAAAACUUGUCACUUUUUUAAUGAAUUCUAACGCUUUAGCGCGGUCUUGAUGAUCGCGAAUAACGGACAAUGGCGUGACUGGACGAACUAGCAGAGUCAAUUUGAACCUCAUUUUCGAUCAAUUAUAUAUCAUUUAGUCACUACAAGUUACGCCAUUGUCGUCAAAGAGAGGCUGUUGCGUUUUGUAAUAUAUUAAUAUAGGUAUAUAGGAUCAUAUUAGAGGUAACUUGCGUCUUUAGAGGCGAGUCUAGAGCUCAACGUAUUGAGCGAAUUGAAACCGAACGAUUCAAGGUCUGCUUUCAUUCUUGCGUUAAACUUUUAUC